AUGCCAGCUGUUCUUGUAUCUAAGUGGUCAGAUUAUAGUUACACACUGUUACUAGAAAGAAAGAAAUCUGGAUUAGAAUUAUUAUCCGAAUUUCUAACUCAAGAAGCAGUAAAGAUUUCCACAACAUCUAACUUAUGCUUAAUAAAUGCACGCAGCGAUAAAUAUAAAAAUUAUGAUAAUAAUAUAAGUAGCAGAUCACAUUCUGUUUUAGUACUGAAUGAUAAGUGUCAAUACUGUCGUGUUUCAAGACACGAUUUAACAAAAUGUACGCAGUUUAAAAAAGCGCUAAGAAAAGAUAGAUGGCGAUACAUUAAGCGUAACAAUCUUUGUUACAAGUGUUUAUUGUCAAGUCAUGAGCGCGAAACAUGUCCGGCGCCCGCCUGCGAUAAAGAUGGCUGCGGCGGAGCGCACCACCGGCUUCUGCACUACCCCGUACCCACCGGGUGCAGGACUAGCAACGUCACCGCCGAACAAGUGAACGAAUGUCCACCCGUGAGUGAAACUGUGACCCAUAUUAACGUAAAUAAUCAACAAGUGUUAUUAAAAGUAGUGCCGGUAAAAAUUCGUGGACCAUACGGUGUUAUUAAUACCACCGCCUUACUUGAUGACGGUUCAACUGUGUCGCUCAUAGCUACCGAUCUCGCUAACCGCGCGGGACUGAGCGGCCCCAGCGACACAUUACGUAUGUGUGGUGCAUGGAAUAAUUCUGUAAAUUUAUGUAACACUACUGUUGUAACCUUUGAUAUUUUCUCUGUAAAUUCAUAUGAUAAUAAUGAUGUGUAUACUGUAAAAGCUCGUACCAUAAAUAAUUUAGAUUUGCCUAUACAAGAUUUAUCUACUGUUAAUUACAACUUGUAUAAAAAUUUGCGUAAAAUUAAAAAUGAAUUGUGUGUAAAAAAAUUGAAACCUGAAAUACUAUUAGGGCAGGAUAAUUAUCAUUUGUUAAUUCCUUUGCAAACUAGUUUAGGUAAUAAGAAUGAACCCGUCGCUACACGCACUCCCUUAGGUUGGUGUAUACAUGGUUGUUUAGGUAUACCGGAACAUAAACAAUCGUCCCACUCGACCCUCCUUAUCUCUGAGUUACACAGCUUACCAGUCGACGAGAGCGAGCGCAUGUUACGAGACAUCCAUGACUAG